AUGGCGGACGUAGACACCCAGCGCUCCUCUGACGACCACACGAUGACCGACACCAAGCCAGAGGCUGCUUCUCCUUCCGCUGCCCCUGCCCCUCAGGUGGAUGCGGACACGAUUUUGACGGGGUCUAAGCUUGCGGUGGUGUUCAUUGCCAUGCUGCUCUCCGUCCUCUUGGUGGCCCUCGAUCAGACGUGCGUGCUCUACACUAUGUUUUCCCCCUGCUCACACCAACUAGCAUCCUCGCCACUGCCCUCCCCCCGCAUCGCCUCCGACUUUGACUCGUUCUCCCUCCAGGGCUGGGUGGCGACCUCCUUCGUCCUCGCCCAGACCGUUUUCCUGCUCUUCUACGGCCAGCUGCUCCGGAUAUUCCCCGCGAAGUACACGCUCCUUGCGGCGAUAACAAUCUUCGAGGUCGGGUCAUUGGUGUGCGGCCUUGCCCAAGGCGUUGAUUCCCUCAUCGCGGGGCGGACGGUGUCGGGUAUCGGAGCAGCAGGCAUCUGUAUGUCUUUCCUUUCCCUUCUCGCUGAGUUACUUACUUGCCUAAUAGUUGUCUCCAUGAUCCAAAUCAUCUCACAGGUAACCCGGCUCGAAGACCGUCCGCGGCUGUUUGGCCUAUUCGGCGCUGUAUUCGGCCUGUCGAGUAUUGUCGGGCCAUUAAUUGGAGGGGCCUUCACCGACCAUGUCAGCUGGCGAUGGUGCUUCUAUAUCAACCUUCCCUUUGGCGGCGUCUCCCUCACCGUCGUCACCUUCCUGCUUAAGGCUUCGCCCCCGCUCGGAUCUGACCCAGCCCAACGUACAUGGCGCCACCUUCGCGACCAGGUGCUGCGGAUGGACUAUCUCGGCAUGCUGCUCGCCUCCGCCUUUGUCACAUGCCUCAUCCUCGCGCUGCAGUGGGGCGGGAACACGAAACCGUGGAACGACGCGGCGGUUAUCGUGACCUUUGUGCUCUUUGGCGUCUUGGCGAUCGGCUUUGUCGGCUGGGAGGUGUGGCUCGGCGAGCGCGCGAUGGUCCCCACGGCAAUCUUCAAGAGCCGCUCGAUAUACGCCAUUAUAUCGUAUGCGUUCCUCACGCGCUUCUCGCUCCUGCUCUUCUCGUAUUACAUCCCCAUCUUCUACCAGGCGGCGCGCCACCACUCUGCCACGAAAUCGGGCAUCGACUUGUUGCCGUUUAUGCUCGGCACAGUAUUGUCUGUUAUCGGAAGUGGACAGAUUGUUGGACGAUUUGGGCGGUAUUACCCGUUCUUGGUGGCGGCGCCAAUCUUCCUCGCCAUUGGGUCUGGGCUGCUGUACACGAUCUCCGCGUCAACGUCGUCUGCCAAAAUCAUCGGCUUUCAAAUUCUUGCGGGUGUUGGAACCGGCAUGGGCAUGCAGAACUCGCUGCUCGCGAUCCAGGUCGAGUUCAAGUCCAAGGCGGAGGCGCGGCUGCUUGGGCAGGCGACCUCCAUGGCGUCGUUCGGCCAGUUCUUGGGCGGCACGGUUGGCCUCGGCGUUGCGGAGCCCGUCUUCGCGUCCGAGCUGACUAAGUUCCUCGCCAAGUACGCACCCGAGGCGCCGUCUGUGAUCGUCAAGGAGAGCCCGACGGCGAUAUACGAGGCGCUGCCCCCGGCCAUGAUCCCCGGCGUCGUGCGGAGCUACACGGAGGCGCUAAGGAUCGUGUUUGUUGUGGGUGUUCCUGUGGCGGGGCUUGCGCUGCUCGCGUCGCUGUUCAUCAAGAACCUGAAGAUCGAGAAAACUGGUCCAGCGCAGGAGAAGGGCGACGUGGAGAAGGGCAAAACGGGGGAAGAAAAUAACGCUUAA